GGCGGUGCCUUCAGCGGGGUGUCACUCACUCUGCCUCUCGCUCUCUCUCUCUCUCUCUGCCCCGUCAAGUCUUUCGUUUGGAAGUGGGGAUGACAAUGGCCGAGUGUUAACGCACCAUGGCCGCUCAAAGGAAUCUGGGGGAACUACGUGAAGUUAUGUGCAACAAGUCUGGAGAUUAUCUACUCAGCUGUUUAGACCACAGAGGGGAACUUUUAUGCAACACGUUUGGAGAAGUUUGGAAGAGGAACUAAACUGGAUUUGUAGUGUUUGUUUUUGAGACAUGGCUCUGUCCCAGGUACAGUGCCUGGACGAUAACCACGUGAACCUCCGGACCACCGAGUCCAAACCGGAGUUUUUGUACAGCGAGGACCAGCGGGUCGCGCUCGAGGCUUUCCUUCGAGAUGGUCGCGAGGCGUUUGUUAAGUACCUGGAGGCUCGCACCUUGCGCGGCUUCCUGUCGGACCUGGAGUUGGACUCUCUCGCGGACACGGUGGAGCCCUAUGACCCGGGCACGGACAUCUUCCCGGAGGACGGCGAGGACGACCAGUCCCCGCUGUCUCUGCACUACUGGCCCGAGUUGUCGGAUAGGUCCAUCCCGCAGAUGGACCUGGGUUGGCCGGACUGCGCUUCUUACCGGGGGGUCACGCGCACAGCCGUGUACACGCAGCCACCCCUGGAUGAUCAGGCUCACAUCAAGGAGGUCGUCAGGAAAAUGAUUGCGCAGGCGCAAAAGGUUAUAGCAGUAGUGAUGGAUGUGUUUACUGAUGUUGACAUCUUCAGGGAUUUGCUUGAUGCUGGUUUCAAGAGGAAGGUUUCUGUCUACAUCCUUUUGGAAAGCUCAACACUACCUCAUUUCCGGUCCAUGUGUCAGAGGGCACAAAUGCAUGCCGGACACCUCAAGAACCUCAGGGUACGCUGCACAGAUGGAGCAGAGUUCUACACCCGGUCCUGCACUAAGAUCAGAGGGCGAAUGGGACACAGAUUCAUGUUCAUCGAUGGAGACAAAGCUGUGUCUGGGUCUUACAGUUUCACUUGGUCUGCAUCGAGGCUGGACAGAAAUCUCAUCACCGUAGUUACAGGCCAGGCAGUGGAGUCCUUUGACAAGCUGUUUCGAGUCCUCUACGCAACCUCCAACUCAGUAGACCUCCGUAAGGACGCCAUCGAGCCUGAACCUGAAGCGGAGCCCAUCCCAGCGCCGGCCGCAGUCGUCCCUCCUUCUGCUGAAAUGGUUAGGAAACUGUACAGUGCCAAAUAUGUUGCUUUGGGCAACCCACACUCCACUCCUCCUCCAAAGACCAACAAUCCAGAGGACUCCAAGAACCAGGGAACCAAGAAGCAUGGGGGGAAAGGGGCUAAUAAAGAAUCUACACAGGAGGGUCCGCCCAUCCACCCUGGACUCAUAGAUCUAGAGAAAGUGUGCAUGAUGUCAUACCUGCCCACCUGGCCAGAGCCCGACCCGGCCAGUGAUGUAAUCGGGUUCAUUAACAUUCGUGAUAACAAAAAACAAAACCAGGUCCAUCUACAGAGGUCGGAGAUGUAUGAAACCAGCCAAGCAGUCAGGUUCAGCAGUCCCUUCAGUAGGCCAAAAGAAACUCUGCCCGACGUCGCUAAGCCAAGAGACUUUACGACUAAACGGAAGGAGGUGAAUGAACUCCAACCAGCACAAGAUAAAACCAAGACUAAAGAGGUGGUGGUAGGUGUAGCCCAGCAAACUAAAACUAACAAAGGUCCUAAUGAGAUCAAAAGCAAAACAGAGGAACCUGUCAAGAAAUUACCUGCAUCCGGACCACAGUGUGAGUCCAACAAAGACACUACGACCACUCCCAACACUGAGAAUAAACAGCAUUCUAAUACCUUCCCCAAACAAGAUGCAGGCCACAACAACACACCUCACCUCAAUGCACACACUCCUCCCCAAUCCAGAAGCAAAGCAUCCACUCAUAACUCUAAGGGGUCUUCACAAACCACACAAACUGUCACCACCCUUUCUGAAUCAAACACUAAACCAGAAGUUGACAGUAUUUUAAACACACAACAGGAGGUUGUGAGCAGGAAACAAGCCCUGAAGGCGAGCUGUACACAAGACUCACACCUGCAUAGUCCCACUGAAGGGAACACAGAGCCGCACCCACAAACAAAGACAGUGCUGCCACAUAUGGACUCACAAUGGCAGGCUGAUCACACGCAGUCACAAAACUCCUCUGAAAUGACCCCUAUCAUCCAGACUCCCACCAUCAACAGCCACAAGUCUUCCCCACAGUCUGUCAGCUCCACCCCCCUCUCUGAAAACAGUCACGUCUCCAUCACUACAAGCAAGAGUCCCAAGUCUUCCAUUAGCUCUUCUUCCAUUCCCCCUCCUGCCCUCCCUUUGUCCCCAAUAUCCCCAUCUGAGACUUCAACACCACCCAUUCCUAAACCUCGUACUGUCCAUCUGGUUAUCAAGGGCGACGUCACCGACAAAGGCCAGAAAAUCCUGGAGGUCAGUGUUGUCCAAAUGGCUGGGACCAGCACAGCGCCAGAAAAGGUCAUAAAUGUGCCUGCUGUAGCAACUACGGUGACAACAUUGCCUCAAAAAGUUGCUGAGACAGUCCCAGAACUGCAGAACAACAGCGAAGGCGAGGUAGGGGCGCAGAAAAUGGCAAAGGACAUUUUAAAUAUGGUAGAAGCACCACAACAAAAGCAGAGUGGUACUUCCCAAAAUACAAACAAUGAGAAAGCAGUUGGAGGCGAUGACAGAGCAGGAAUGCAAUUGAUAGCCGGAAACAAAACCAAGUCAGAUGUUUUGAUAACAAAAGUAGAGAAUGUGAUUACUCAAGAAGUCAUUCCAAAAAGUGUCAAGCCCAAGACUUUGGUGUCAAUGGAUGUCAAACUAACCCCACAGAAAGAUAGUGUUGCAACAGUAAAGAAGGAGAUUAAGGCCCCAGAACAAGUUUCAAUGGAUGUUUCUGGAGUGACAAACGAAAAAACUGAGAAUGUGACAGAAUGCAAAACAUACCUUGCAAAAGUACACGUACCACGGAGAAUAUCGUAUAGUGAGUUACCUGCACAAGUUAACGAUGUAUCAGAUACUGUGGACUCUUUAAAAGCACCAACACACACUCCUAUUUCUGCCACACACAUAUUUAAAGACAGUGCUGGUGAUAGCACACACACAGUCACACACAAUCAGCAAGGUAAUCCAAGUGUAACACCCGAACGCCCCACAGACAGUAUGCCAGAUACGGCCAAACAUAACACUCACAACAACAUUCAAGAAAACCCUUCUAAAGCACCAGGAGGCACACACACACCUGAGAAACCCCUGCGAUUACUUCUCUCUGAAAUACACUCGCCAGACUUGCUUUCACCGACAUCAGAGAGAGGAUUGCAGUCACUCAUGGCUCUGACCCGCAGUUCCACCCCGGAUGGAUUUCUCCCACGUACGCCCACCCCAGACUUUUGCACGCCUACCUCCGAUUCUCGCGCAUACACUCCAGACUUUCGAACGCCAACACCUGACGGGUAUUUAUCACCAAGAACAGACUCCGCUCUCUCCACCACUUCAGAGGAGUUUUACGAAUGUUGCGACUCCCCUUUCCAAGAGCCUGGUUUGGAGCGAUUAGCUUCCCUGAACCACACAAUGACAGAGGAGCAUAUUAGCUUAGCACACACAAAUAACGCUAAUGCUACCAGUCCUGUAUACAUCAAUUCAAACUCUCCUGCUGGUAUAUUAGGCACUAUAGACAGGUAUACCUCUAGCACUGAAACAGAAAGUUUAGAGCGAAAGCGAUCAUCCACCGGUGACAUUCAACCCACGAAAGAGAGACCGGACACGGAGAAGGCCGGGGACAGCGUGGAGAGGAUGGGCAGACCUCGGGCGACUGACGGACAAAAGCUUUCGCAUACUUCUCACAAAUCUCCACGAGGACGGCAGCAGGCCAGCGAGGCGUUCUCCUCCUACCGACCAUCGAGACCCUCUCGAGUCCUCUCGCCCAACUGGGCUAUGGGGCCUCAUCCCAGCCGCCAGCAGAACCAGGCAGAAAGCAACGUGCUCCCUGAUUACGCCUUCUUUCCUCGUAGUCCGCCAUCCAGACUGCCUCCUCCUCUGAAAGGUGGUGCUGUCGGGCCAGCAACUAGGCAGGCCGAAGUCUCCCAAAGCCAGCAGAGGUUCUUCUCUCGACAGCCUCCAGCAGUGCAGGACAGAACGAGAGCUGGACAGACGCAGAAUCCAUCCCCUUACCCAAAACCCCAGGGCUCUUUUCUCCUCCCACAGCAGUCUAACAGAGAGGCGCCGCUUCAUUCUCAGACCCAGAACCAGGCUGGAUCACCGCAGGAGGAAGGAAAGAAUCCAUUUAGCGUCACUAUUAGCAGGUUGUACAGCCUGAAGGGCCUGAAGGAGAAGAUGAGCAGGCUGCCAGCGCAGAGCAAGAGAGGCAGCGGCAGCUCGCAUGGACAGAGACACAGCAGCAUGAGCUAGUCUGCUACUGUCAGUCAUUCAUUUUCUAUAAUCUUACUGUAGCACAUCAAGCCAAAGAAAGGCAAGUUAAACACAAAUUAAGAUACACCUCCGAGAAAAAGCUUGCAUUGACACGGUAUGUGUACUGUGAAAGCAAAAGAGAUCUAACAGAGCAAGCUAAGACUUUUACCUUACACGUUGAACUGAACUUUGAACUUUGACCCAUGACUCGUGGUAUUGACCUGCUCCUGUCUCGUCAUAUGGAGGAUGCACUUUAGUAUGAAACCACUGCUAUGCAUAACGUUGCUCAUUGUAAGUCCAAACAAAGUGUGAUUGGAUAGGUAGUUUUCCUUUCAAUUCUUAUUUUAUUAUACUUUUCUGAAUCUUAAACUUGAAAUGUACUUUUUCACCCACGGGGCCCUAGAUAUUGAACAACAAUGGAGUUGAUUGUAAACAUUUGUAUGUGAAAAUGUGGAUACUAAAAUGCUUAAAUUGUUUGUAUGACCAUCAAAAUGGAUAUAUGUAAAGAAUAAAUGAACCCAGAAGUUGUAGGUAUUUCACUCAACAUAGCACUGCUGAUGUUACUCCAUUAACUUUACAUAAACUGUGGAUCGAGCAAAAAAUUACUUUUUCAGCUAAAUAUAAAUAUACCCUCUUAUCUUUUUUUUUCUCUUUUGCUUUGUUAUUUAAUUCAGAAAACUUUCAAAUGUGGUGGAUUUCUUUCCUUACAGCAGUGUAGUAUGUGAAUGUGUGCUUCCAAUAUACAUUAUAAGUAACGCAAUGCUCAGUAUUGAAAUAGGUACUAUGACAUGUUUAAUGAAAAUCAAAUAUUACCAUGUAAUGGUAUUGAAUGUUACACAGACAUUUACUUUUUUUAGUAAAUUCUAACUAAAAACUGUUUUGUACUAUUCAUUUACAAUUGACUAUUCGCUACAAUUACUUUCCACUGUGGUGGCAGACAAAUCAUUGAAAUGGCUAACCUCAUGACAGUAGCUGUUUAUACUAUGUGUAUAUGAGUGAGUGGGAACAUUUUUCCCACAUUUGUAUUAUUAAAGUACUAGCUGAGUGUUUCUUCUUCUGUUCAUUCAAGUGUUUGUGGUACAAACUUGAAUUAAAAAAACUGUUGAUGCAAA